AGGUAGCGUACAAUUAAUUUCAUUAUUUCAGAUAACCAAUCCAACAAGAGCAUUCUUUUUGACCAAUUAAAUCAUUGGGAUUUUUUAGACUAGACCAAUCAUAUGGACCAGCCCUUCACCUGUGUGUAUCCCCGAAUGUUUCGCCAUUCUGUCUGGCGUCAUUCUGACUUAUAUACCUCGCAGCUCUCCACUACAGAUAGAACGCCACGGCCGCUAUGUGACAGAGGUCCUUUGUACUUUCAGCGUCUUACCUUCGUGAUAACAGCAACACACCUGAUAGCAUCCAUCCGCCGGAGACGACUCCGGUACCUGGGCCACAUUCUCCGCAUGGACCCCUCCAGACUCAGGAUAUCAGUAUCAUCGGGAGCCAUCAAGCCAGGAUCAACUGCAUGCAGCUAUCGAGGAUGGGACUUACAUGCCAUCUCCACGGCUAGCAGUAAGAUCGGUGCUCGUGUGUACGUCGAGCACUACCAGAGGACCUGAAACUAAGUUCUUGUGUGUCUUAUGGAAUGUAAAUUGCCUAGCCUUAGCUUAAUAAACUCAUGGUAGAUGGUAAGGUGUUGAGUGUGCUUUGUUGACAUGCCGAGUGAUGAUGCUGGUAGAGGCUUAUAUUCGAACACUUUGUAAAUGGAGGCUCCUUUUGCAUUGGGGGGUUUAGCUCUUUCUGUGGUGUACCGGGCCUGGUGUGUGGCUGAUUUUGUUUCUGAAGGUUUCUGUGACUGUGUCGAUAGUCGGUAUUGUAUUCGGUCAGUUCUGUAAAUUCUGUUCUUUAUAAAACAGGAACUUUCCUGGUUAAUCAUUAUCUGUUUUCAUUUCUGUUUUAUGUCAUGGUCAGUGGUUCGGGAACCUGGACCAUUACAUAAGCUGCCCUGUGUCGUUAUCUUGGGUCCCGAACCCAGUUUUUAAUUAUAGGACAACAUUAUUUGUCAAUAAUUGACUUUUCAUUUGUGUUUGCAAGUUUAAGCAAGGAAGUUUAGCCUCCUUGAAAGGACUCGAAAAAUUGGGUGAAUGUGCACCCAUGUACGUGCACCCAAAAUUGGAGUGCACUCAUUUUUUUCUGUGGGUGCAUCGGCGCCCCUAAAUAUUUCCAUAGGUUGGCGUAAGUUAAGAUAUCGAAGUAUACAGCAUAUUCUUGACAUCUAAGU